UGCUCACGGGCAGCAGAAUGAGGAGAUGCAGUUGGACGGAGACGUGAUGAGGGAACACGGCUUACUGAUGUGAAUUAGCUCCACAGAAUAUUGGCAGGCCAAUGUCUGGACAUGGGCAACGGUUCAAUCAAGGUCCCACGCGCUGAGGAGAGCAACGGCCUAACCUCCAUUCACCCAGUACCUCCAGGGCUGGACACAGAAAUGUUGAGGAUGCGAAUAAACUACCUGGAGGUGGAGUUGGCACAGAGGGACCAAGCAUUAGAAGCUCAAGAACUUAAGUUGCAGCAUCUGCAGAGGGAGCUCGAUGCCAAGAUGUCCCAGAUUGACAAACUACAGGAUGCAAUAGGGUACAACAGCAGCUUGGGAUGUACACCACCAGGGCUGUGUCACCGCCGCUUCAGUGUCAUCAAUGAAGGUCCCAGUCGUUUCCACAAGGUCGCCGUGGAGGUCCAUCAAAGGUUGAAAGCAAAGAAAGGUGUCUCUGCUGAACCUACUUCUGAAAACUUCUGCGGGGGGCUUAGAUCUACUCACAUUUCCAUGGUGAAGCCCAUCCACAAAAAUUCAGAAAUUAAAAAGUUAAUGAAUGACGCCAUCACAAAUAAUGACUUCCUGAAGAGACUGGAGCCACAGCACAUGAGGGCGAUGGUUGACUGUAUGUAUGAGAAGGUGUACACCAAAGGAGAGCUUGUCAUACAGGAGGGUGAAUCUGGGAACUACCUCUAUGUUUUAGCAGAUGGCUUGCUGGAAGUCACCCAAAAUGGCAAGUUGCUUAGUGAGAUGCAGCCUGGAACAGCAUUCGGAGAAUUGGCAAUACUUUACAAUUGCAAAAGAACAGCCACUGUGAAAGCUGUGACUCAGUCCAACAUAUGGGCUUUGGAUCGCCAGACUUUCCAGGCUAUCAUGAUGCGGACUGCACAAGCCAGGCAUGAAGAGUAUUUCAGCUUUUUGCGCAG